AAAACCCUUCCUUAAGUCCUUCACCUUCCUCCCUUAUUAUCGCUCUUCUUUAAUUUCUCUUGACUCCUCAUUUCUUUCUCUCUUCCUGUCAAUAUUUCUCCUACCCAAAAUCUUUCAGUCUCUCUUCUCUUUUACAAUCCUUACAAAAGGAAAACCUACACAAUGUGCUCCUCUAAAUCAAGGCUACACCAUCAUGGUGCUGCUGCUGCUGCUAAUCACCAUAUUCCUGCUUCAACUAUUGCUAAAAUUAAUGGCCGUCCUGUUCUUCAGCCAAAAUCCGACCAAGUUCCCACCUUGGAAAGACGCAAUUCCCUUAAGAAGAACAGCCCAAAAUCUCCCAUUAUACAACCACCAGCAGCUCCUUUACCACUACUACCAACAACAACUACUAUUAAACCUAAGCAGCCUUCUUCAUUGUCCCCUCCUAUUUCUCCCAAGCUGAAAUCGCCAAGGCCACCUGCUCUUAAGAGAGGGAAUGAUCUUAACACUUUGAAUUCUAGUGCUGAGAAGUUUUUGACUCCAAGAAAGGCUGUAUCAACUACUCUGAAGAAAUCCAAGAAAUCUAGCCCUGCAACUCCUGUUGUUGCUGAAACCUGUACUGUUUUGAACUACUCUUCUUCUUUGAUUGUUGAAGCUCCUGGUAGCAUAGCAGCUGCAAGGAGGGAACACGUUGCUACUAUGCAAGAACAAAGGAAAUUGCGAACUGCUCAUUAUGGAAGAGUUAACUCUGGUAGUAAGAGUAAGCGUGACGCAAAGAUUGUUCCGGUCGAUUCUCCGGCGGCGACUGCUGUUCCUCAAGAAGAAAGGAGAUGUAGUUUUAUCACUCCAAGUUCAGAUCCUAUUUAUGUAGCUUACCAUGAUCAAGAAUGGGGAGUUCCUGUCCACGAUGAUAAGAUGCUGUUUGAAUUAUUAGUUCUGACAGGAGCACAAAUAGGAUCAGAUUGGACUUCAGUCCUGAAGAAAAGGGAAGCAUUCAGAGAGGCCUUUUCAGGUUUUGAUGCAGAAAUUGUUGCCAAAUUCUCUGAAAAGAAGACAACAUCAAUUAGUGCUGAGUACGGCAUGGAAAUAAGCCAAGUUCGGGGAGUUGUCGACAACUCUAACAGAAUUCUUCAGGUUAAGAAGGAAUUUGGAUCAUUUGACAAGUAUUUGUGGGGAUUUGUAAAUCACAAGCCAAUCACCACCCAGUACAGAUCAAGCAACAAGAUUCCUGUAAAGACCUCAAAAUCAGAAACCAUAAGCAAAGACAUGGUGAAGAGAGGAUUCAGAUAUGUUGGUCCAACUGUAAUGCACUCAUUCAUGCAAGCUGCUGGCCUUAGUAAUGACCACUUAAUCACAUGUUCAAGACACCAUCAGUGUCUUGCACUGGCAUCUUAAUAGAGUACCCUUUACAGCAAAAGAAAAGAACAAGAAGCUUAAAGAAAGAAAAAAAACAUUAUAUAUAGGGUGUGACAAGAAAAGGAAAGGGAAGAAGAAAAUGAAGAAGCAUAGUUAGUUGAAUAUCUAACUACAGGUAUUUGAUUAAAUGGUAUUUUAUGAAUCAGUGGUGUGUAGUGAGACUUAAAUUUGUGAGAGCUUUUUCUUGUGAUGGGCAGACAGGGAAGAGGCCUGUUAAGUGGGGGCAACAAGGGACAGGCAGCAUGUGCAGGGUGGGUAGGCAAUGGCAUGUGUAAGGUUUUCAACUUUCAAUUUUAGUGGCCACCACUCAAUUAUAUUAGCCAUUAGGCUUUCCUUUGAACUGGCUGUGAAAGGAUAAUCACUGGCACAGUGUUGGGCCAGAAUUCCUAAAUAUUCCCUACUUUUUCAUGGAUAUUUUUGCCAUUGGAUAAGAAUUGCUGUAUCUGCUCUCUCCUGAAGCCAAGAAAAAGAAGAUAGAAAAAGGCCUUUGAUGCUCAAAAAGAAGCACAAGCAUUGAUACUUUUGAGGCUUGAUUUUUCGUUGUAUUAGUACAUUUUCUUGAUUCUAACUUGUAGGGAAAUACAAAGAUAAGAUCAUUUGUGUAUUGUAAAUUAUGAGUAAAGUUUGAGUGCUUUUGCCA